AUGUCUGACGACUUUAGCACGAAAAACUGGGUGUGGGUGCCUGAUAAAGACGAACUUUUCGCUCGUGGGUUCAUCACAGAAUACAAGAAAAAUGGCCUCUGCAGCGUGACGGUGGUGAAAAACGGCACCGAGACCACUAUAGAAUUGCCCCAGAAGGUGUUGGAGAACUGCAACCCACCGAAAUUCAACAAAUGCGACGACAUGGCCGAAUUGACGCAUUUGAACGAGCCCUCCGUCAUCUACAACUUGUUUUUACGCUACAACGAUGACUUGAUCUAUACUUACUCGGGGUUGUUCUUGGUAGCCAUCAACCCAUACAAAAGUCUCCCAAUAUACGAUACAAGCGUGUUGAAAAAGUUCCACUCGCUGCUGAAAUCCAAGAAGCUGGAGGACAGGCUCCCUCCUCACAUAUUUGCCAUUGCUGAAAACACAUACAUGAACAUGUUGGAAAACGGCAAAGACCAGCUGAUCUUGGUAACUGGCGAGAGCGGUGCUGGAAAAACAGAAAACACGAAAAAAGUGAUCCAGUAUCUCUCUCUGAUAUCAACAAAUGCUCUGUCAGAUCACGCAAACGACAUACAUAACAAGAUUCUUCGUGCAAACCCUAUCCUAGAGAGCUUUGGCAACGCCAAAACGAUAAAGAACAACAAUUCGUCCCGAUUUGGCAAAUUCAUCAAGAUAUCUUUUGACCCCAAAGGCCUUAUUUCAGGCGCCACCAUUGACUACUAUCUCUUGGAGAAGCUGAGAGUGCUGCACCAGUCGCUGGACGAGAGGAACUACCAUGCAUUCUACCAGCUUCUUCGAGGAGAGACCCCGCAGAAUUUGAAGUCCAAAUACCACCUCGAACCCUCCAUCAAAAAGUACAACUACAUCAGUCUGUCUGUGGCUACGAUCCCCAAUGUUGAUGAUGCCAGAGAGUUUACAACCCUCAUCGAGGCCUUCACCGUCAUGGGCUUCGAAAAGACCGAAAUUGACAGUAUAUUCAUGACUCUUGCGAUCAUCUUGCACCUCGGUAACGUCGGGUUCACAUCAUGGAAGUCCGAGCAGACUAGCUUCGACAAGGACUCCAAUAUCGACGUGAUAGCCAAGAUGCUUGGUAUUGACUCUCAAGAAUUAUCCACCAAUCUUCUUCGACCUCGUGUGAAGGCUGGCAGAGAGUUUGUUCAAAAGCUGAGAAAAGCCGCUGAAGUAAAGCAGACUAUUGACGCAUUCGCCAAACAUUUGUACGAAAAGGUGUUCCAGUUCAUCAUUGCCCGCAUCAACGAGAACCUAGGAGAGUGGAAUAGCGAUAGGUUCAUUGGUGUGUUGGACAUAGCAGGGUUUGAGAUUUUUGAAACGAACUCCUUUGAGCAGUUGUGCAUUAACUAUACCAACGAGAAGUUGCAACAAUUUUUCAACCAUCAUUCCUUUAUUCUUGAACAGAGCGAAUACUUGCGUGAAGAUAUUCAGUGGGAGUUCAUUGACUUCGGGCUAGAUUUGCAACCUACUAUCGACCUCAUAGAAACAAAACAACCAAUGGGUAUCUUGGAAAUUCUUGACGACCAGUGCAUCAUGCCUAAGGCAAGUGACGAGACAUUUAUUGACAAGCUUUUGGAGCUGUGGGCCGAUGGCAAAUCAAAGAGCUUCAGAGCCAACAAGGUUCGCAAUGGUUUCAUCAUUGACCACUACGCUGGCUUAGUGGACUACAAUAUCGAAAAUUGGAUUCAGAAGAACACUGAUCCUGUGAGUGAGAAUAUAGUUCAACUCCUUCAUGAAUCCUCCAACGAAUUCGUCCAAAGACUCUUUCAAGAAGAUGUGGAGUCAAAACUAUCGGGGAACAUGUCACCCAAAAAGAAAGGAUCCAAGCUCAAAACCGUUUCCCAAAAGCACAAGGAACAGUUGAGCACACUCAUGGAUCAACUCAAUAGCACAGAACCACACUUCGUAAGAUGUAUCCUUCCGAAUCUUUCCAAGCGCCCUAACAAAUUUGACAAGGAGCUUGUGCUCAAUCAGUUAAGAUGCAAUGGUGUGCUAGAAGGAAUCCGGAUUGCCAGAGCAGGAUACCCCAACAAGAUGACGUUCGAAGAGUUUUAUGGUCGUUACGCAAUUCUCAAUUCAAAUGACAUUGUGUUUACGAAAAAUAUGAAGACGAAUAGUGAGCUUAUUCUCAAGGAUACUGAGCUUGAUCCUGAGGUCUACAAACUAGGCAUAACCAAAAUAUUCUUUAAGAAUGGCAUUCUCGGCAAACUAGAGGAGUUACGUGAUCUCAGACUCAAGAAGAUCAUUACAGAGUUCCAAAGUGCUUAUCGUGGCCAAGCUGCCAGGGUCAACUUCAAAAGUCAGAUCGCCACUAUCCAGGCAUCUCAGGUGGUGGCCCGUAACUUUCAAAAGCUCGAUGAGCUUGUCAACGAGGGAAAGAGUCCCUGGCUUAAGCUCUUUGUCAGCUUGAAACCACUUUUGGAGGACUCAGUCAAAGUCUUAGAUUCCAAAGAGAUGAAUGAAAGUCUCAAACAAAUCAAUGCUAAGUUGAAAGACACUGAGAACGCCAAAAACUCACUUGAGCAGCAAAACGAUAAACUCAAGACACAACUCAUGAAACUUGAGGAUGAAAUAAUCAAGAAUAACCAAAUCAUUUCCGAGAAAGGGGAUAUGUUGCGAAAGCUUCAAUCUGAAGAGUCGUCAAGAAAUGCGAAGUUGGAAGAAACUGCUCGUCAACUCAAGGAAGUGAAAGCAAUGAGCACGAAGCUAUCUACAGAGAAAGCUGAGCUCUCUCUGGAGAUGGAUGCUCUCAAAGCAAAGCUAGAGAAAACUGAGAAGGAGGUUGAGACUUUGACCUCCGAGCUUGCGAAUGAAAAGCAGCGAGCUGAGACAUUGCAAAGCCAAAUCGGAGAUCUUGAAAAUGAGAAGAGAGAUUUGAAAGAGAAUGAUGAGGUGACUAACGGUUUGAAGAAGAAAGUGGAAUCUCUUGAAGCAGAAAUUCUUGCUCUCAAAUCUCAGGAGGAAGACUUUCAGGCUUCAUCCAGAGAGCUAGACGAACUCAGAGAUAGCUAUUCCAAGCACAAAAAGAAGGUCACAGAUUUGGAAUCAUUAAAGGUUUCUCUUGAGAGAAAGAUCACACUGAUGGAAAGUGCUUAUGACAUGAAGCGUAAUACCCUUGCCAGUAAGCAUAUGGAAGAGACGAGUGCCUUACAGAGUCAGCAUGAGGAAGCGCAAAAGAAAAUUCGUCGCUUGGAAGAUGAGCUUGCUGAGAAACUCAGUGAAAUCAAGGACCACGAGAGCAAACACAAGGCCUUAUCCAGAAACUUAAGAACUCUCGAGUCUCAGCUUCGUGAUCAGGAGCUGUUGCAGGACCAGUUAGAUUUUGAGAAGAAGCGGAACAGCAGGAUUCAAGUAGAGCUCGAAAGCUGCAAAGAUGAGCUCGCCAGACAGAUACAGCGGGCCGAAUCGCACUCCAGUUCCCUCGAGAGCUUGAGACACGAGUCCCAGUAUUUGGCUAGAGCCAAGGCAGAAUACUCUGAUGAGAUCGCCAAGUUGAAGGAUAAAGUGAGGGAUUUGAAAUCCAAACUUCAAAAUAAAGAAAAUGUUCCUCCAAACAGCGCCAAAUCAAUUGAUCCUUCACUUGCAGAUGAGUUCGCUCAAAUCAAACUCAAAUUGAACGAAUCUAACGCUGUCAUUCGAAAGGAAAAAUUCGAGAAUCAACGUUUGACUGAGGAGGUAAAAGCUCUACGUGAAAAAGUUCAUGACAGUUUUGAGAGCCCGCUGAAACGUAGCAGUGAGCUUCGAAGAUCGAUGGCAAUGGGCGAGGAGGCAAAGAUGGCGUUGUCCAACGGAUCUAGAACAUUUGAGGAGAUCAAGAAUCUACGUGUUCGGUUGAAACAGGAGGAGGCAAAUGUCACGAGAGCAGAGAACUAUGCCAUUGAGCUUCAAAAGAAGUUGAACAAGCUACAAAUGAGCCGAGGCAUCAACAGUUCGAAUGACUUCGAGGCAAAAUACUACGAGUCACAGAAGCGCAUAAGCGAGUUGGAGAAGAGAGUCGGUCAAGCAAUGCUGAUGGGAAGUCUGUCGCUGCUGUCAUCAUCACCGAAAGCCCCAUACGAUCUGCAAUCACUCACACCUAGCAGCAGCAUAGGAAGUCUUAGCACGGUUGUCAAUAGCGGAGACUUUGCUAGAAUCUACAAGGAUAUUGUCGGCACAUUGAGAACAACGAGGGAUGAGUUAAGUAAGUCCAAGAGCGAAAUUCUUAGGCUCAAGACGUUGCUCAGGGAAAGUGAGGAUGAAUUGUACGAGGUCAAGAGGAGUGGAGUCAAGACUGCCAUCAAUGAUUACGAGGAGACAUUAGCCAAGCUCAAGGUUCAAAAUGAGACACUCAACAAGCGCCACGAUGAAGUUAAUGAAUCUCUAUUACAGUACAAAAAGCGGAGUGAACAAUAUUAUGAUAAGCUCGAACUUGCUGAGUCGGCCGUCGUAAUUAGCAAACGGCACGAGCAAGAAGCUCGCACUGAGCUCGAACUGAAAUCUAAUGAAUUAAAGCUCUUACGUGAAGAGGUUCGAGCAAGCGAGCGAGUGAUCAAGCAGUUGAGACAAGCCAAAAACGAGCUUGAGGAAGCGUUGAAGAAACAGUCUCAUCGUGAGGAGCAAUUGGAGUCUUCGAUCAAGCAAUUGGAGGACCGGUUGCAGUACCUUAAUGACAAUUAUGGUGAAAAGAAGCACAAGAUUGGCGAGCACAAGGAGGAGAUUCGGUUGUUGCGCCAGGAGAUCAAGUUCAAGAUGGAAAAGGAAACUGAAUUGAUCAAGGAGUCGCAACGGUUGAAGCUUGAAAACGACGAGUUGGUCAGGAUCAAGAAGGAAGUUUUGGCAGAAAAUGAGGAAGUUUCCGAGGAGAACGAUAAGUUAUCAAGUGAAAACGAGGAUCUAAAGGUGGAAAACGAGAACCUUAAGAAUGAUAAGAUAGCAUAUGAAAGAAAGAUCGAGAAUCACACCAAGCAGAUGAGCACGCUUAAGCAACUCCUCGAUGACAAUGCACGAGAGAUGCAAGAAUUAAGCGGAAUAAACAAGACUCUCAAGGAAACAAAGGCUAGGCUCGAAGAGGAAGUCGCCUCACUCGAGGACUCCCUCAGAGACACACGUGGUAAUUUGGAUCUUGUGAGAGAGCACUUAAGCGAGCUUGAGCGGGAAAAGAUUAAUUUGAAGGAAGAGCUCAAAACGGUGAAGGACCGUUGGGACAGUAGCGAUGGGCAAUACAAGCUGGCCAAGACGGAAAACUUGGUAAUGGUGCGAGAGAAUGAAAGCGUCAAAAAAACCAACGAGGAACUCAAGAGCAAAAUUAGCGAUCUAGAAGAGAAGCUCUAUUCGAACGAGCAGCUCAAAUAUUUGGAGCAAAACCUCAGCAAGCUCAACUCACAAGUAGAUCGGUUGAAGCACGAGAUUGCAGAGGGAGAGUUGCGAGAGGAGAAGUUGCAAAAACAGAUCCGGACGCUUGAGUUUGAGAACGAGAGCAAAACCACCCAGAUGAAACGAUACAACGACGAAAACUUCAACUACCAGAAUAUGAUCAACCAGUACAAUAGCAAAGUGGAGUUCUUGCACCAGGAAAACAGUGAGAAGGAUUUGAAGCUCAAGGCACAGGCCCGGGAGUUGGCCGAUUUACGCGAGCGCCUUCUCAUGAUGGAGAAGGAUCGCCUUAUGAGUUAG